UACACAGAUGGACCUUGGAUUAUUGUUGUUGCUCCUGUUCUCGUCAUUGGCACUGUCAUUGUAAUUGCCGUUACUGCUGGAGCCUCCGUCGUGAACAGUGAGAUUAACAACGCACAAUCCACUAUUUCGGUUAUUUCCACUGCGACCAUGGUAAUCAUGAUGAUGAUUUCGGUAGUGGUGGUUGAUGCAACGAUUGUUCGGGAGAGUUAG